AUGUCAUUGAGGUUUCUAGGUAUAAGGAGGACGUUAGCUACGUAUGUGGCCAGCUCUGCAGCUCCUAAAUUACAAGAUGUGGUUAUAAUUGGUGGAGGACCAGCUGGUUUAUCAAUGUUAACUGCGUUAAAGAAUAAUCAGAAAACAAAGCAUUUGAAAUGUACUUUGAUUGAAGCAUCUGACUUAGGUAAGAUCCAUGGUUUUUAUGACAAUCCAGGCGAAGAAUAUACUAAUCGUGUUGUUUCAUUAACUCCUAAAUCAAUUGACUUUAUGCAAUCGAAAAUUGGUAAUUGGGAAUUCAUUAAACAUGAUAGAAUCAAAUUUUACGAUAGAAUAGUGGCUUAUGAUGCUCAAGAUAGUGAUAAUGCAAGAGUAGACUUCAAUGCAAGUGCCACUGAAACUGGGGCAUUAGCUGCCAUGGCUGAAAAUAUUAAUAUUCAAAGUUCUUUAUUAAAGAAAUUAGAAGUUUUAAAUGAUACUGAAUCAACCACCAUACUUGAUAAAACUAAAGUUGAAGAAAUCAUAAAUCCAAAUCAACAAAACAUUGAAGAAACUCAUGAUUUAAAUGAAAUAGACUUGAAUGCAGGCAAUGCUAAUUUGGAUUGGCCUAUUUUAAAACUUUCCAAUGGUGAAUCUAUUCAAACUCGUCUUUUGAUUGGGGCUGAUGGUUAUAAUUCUCCUGCUCGUAAAUUUGCAAGAAUUGAAUCAAGAGGAUGGCAAUAUAAUACCUUUGGAGUCGUCGCAACUAUCAAACUUGAAUAUGAAGAUUAUCGUUCCAUUGGUUGGCAGAGAUUCUUAUCGACUGGUCCAUUAGCAAUCUUACCUUUAACUGAAGAUAAUGCUACCAUUGUAUGGUCCAGUACCCCUGAAUUAUCUCAAAUCUUAUUGAAAACUAAUAAAGAAAUAUUUCCCCAUUUAGUCAAUGCUGCUAUGGUUCUUGAUGAAGUCGACUUACAAUAUCUCUAUAAAUUAUUAGAUUAUAAUCCAGAUGACUUUACGGUAUUAGAUGAAAUUAAAUGGAGAUUAGAUAAGUUUGAUCAACAAAAAUUAGAGGAAAACUAUCCUUUAAAAGUAACUGAAGUUCUUGAUGGUUCAAGAGCAAGGUUCCCUCUUAAAUUAUCUCAUGCUGAUACUUAUAUUUCUCCUAGAGUUGCCUUAAUUGGAGAUGCUGCUCAUACUAUCCAUCCUUUAGCAGGACAAGGACUUAACAUGGGUCAAUCUGAUGUGGCAUUCUUAAUGGCUGCGUUAGAAAGUGGAAUAGAAAGAGGAUUGGAUAUCGGAUCUACAUUAGUAUUGGAUAGUUAUGUUGCUAAUGCUUGGCCAUCAAAUCAUAUGUUAUUAGGAAUAUGUGAUAAGUUACAUAAAGUAUUUUCCACUGAUUAUUACCCUAUUGUUGCUUUAAGAGGGUUAGGCUUACGUUCAAUCAACCUCCUUGACUCUGUAAAAGAUGUAAUGGUCAAAAUAAUUAGUAGUAGAUAG